AUGGACUCGCAGAUGGGUCCACCAGGCAAUGCUUUCAGCCAGGAGAUGUAUCCCACGCAAUGCACGCAAGGGGCUAUGGACCCAAGACGUCUUGGGCGUAAUAAUUCUGGGCUGAGUGACGCCGACAUAUCUGAUGUCAUCUGCAUUCUGCAUCCAUGCUCGCCAGCGGCUUUCCAGAUUGUAGCGAGGACUGCCGAGCGUUCGCCACACAAUGUGCUCCAAAACGAUGGCUUUGCUGAAUAUGAUGACGAGCUUACGCAGAGCAUGCUCGAAGAGCAAGAGACAUUUAUUCUCAACACAGAAGGAUCGAACCAGGCUAUGGACCUCGCAUUACGCUUCUCCACGGAAGUAAUCAGUCCAACUCUAGGCUUCGUAUUCGGGCGCAACCAGAAGACAUGCGACAUCGCUUUAGCGCAGGACACUUACAAGCGCGUCAGUAACAUGCACUUCAGCAUGUUCAUGAAUGACUCUGGUGUCUUGAUGCUGCAGGACAUGUCGACCAACGGCACCAUGGUAGACGAUGUCGUCCUGAAAGGCAAGAUCGUACAGCAACCACAAACGCGAAUGCUCAGUCCCGGCUCCAUCAUCCAGAUCCUGUCUCCAAAGUCAGAAGAAAUCGUGAAAUUCAUUGUGCGCAUUCCAGCGCGGGAAGGACACGAAGCACAAUUCGAAGCAAAGUUUGGUCGUUAUCUGCAACGUAGAGCACAUGCGCGGGCCUUCGCUGACCGCCAGGGUAACAUGCCUGCUAAUAAAAUAGCAGCUGCAGACCUGGCACCGCAAUCUGCUGCUGGUUCAUACAAGGCAACCAUUAUGUCACACAACCACACGUAUGGCAUGCACUGGAGUGGUGGCGAGAAGUAUAACGUUGUUGGCUGUAUCGGCAAAGGUGCAUUUGCUACGGUCUAUCAGCUUGCUACGAAGCGUGAAGGCCAGCUGUACGCCGCUAAAGAGCUCGAAAAGCGCAAGUUCAUGAAGAACGGCGUGCUCGACCGAAAGCUCGACAACGAGAUGCAGAUCAUGAAAGCCAUCAGCCACCCCAACAUCGUACAAUACGUCGACUACCAGGACCACGCGAAUCAUCUGUACAUCAUCAUGGAAUUUGUGCCAUGUGGCGACUUGCAGCAGUACCUUGGGGAGCAUGGAGCUCUAUCCGAGCCACUUGGCAAGACCAUGUCGGCGCAAGUGCUCAAUUCAUUAGCAUAUCUACAUGCGAAGAAGAUCACGCACCGCGACAUCAAGCCAGACAAUAUACUGAUCGCGGACAUGGAUCCCAAUCACUUUAUCGUAAAGCUAUCGGACUUUGGCUUGUCGAAGGUCAUUACAGACAACGAUACCUUUCUCAAGACUUUCUGCGGCACGCUGCUAUACUGCGCGCCAGAAGUGUUCCCACACUAUGACGCGCAUGUAGCAGGCCGGGGCCAGAAGAGGACACGCAAGGGUCCAAGUCAGCCUCCCACCAAGUAUCACAGCUAUAGUCAGUCUGUCGACAUCUGGUCGUUCGGGGCUGUCCUGUGGUUUGCUCUUUCUCGAUUGCCGCCGUUCGAAGGCGUUGCCGAUGCUACUGGUCGCGGCAUGUUCGACAAGAUCAUGAUGACUCCGCUUGAUCACGGCGAUUUGACGAGGCAAGAGAUCUCAGCGGACGCCAUUGAUUUACUCGUGGCCAUGCUAAACACCGAUCCUGCGGGUCGCCCCUCUCCACGGACAUGUCUGAGUCAUAAGUGGUUUGAUGAUGGCGAGAAGACUUCUCAAGUUCAGCAGCUACAACCUGGUAUGGCUCCACCAUUGGGCAUGUUUGCGAUAUACGAGGAGGAAGAAGCAGAGCUGCCCGCGGACCCUGAUCUUUCACAGCUGAGCUUGGGUCAGCAAGGAGACGACGGACCUGAUAGUCAAGACAGCCAUUACGCGGAUGAAGCGAGUAUUCACUCCGGCUCUAUGCAGUUCUUUGAUCCGCGACAGUCGAAACGUUUCAAGUCAGAGGCUUUCGCCUACAGAGAGUAUACUGUUGACUUGGUCGAUUCGAGUCCGGAACUAAUGCACCAACAUAUACCUAUCGUGUUACAGCAGGAUAUACCCGCCGCCGGGCCACCACAAAGCUCGGCACCCCCAAAGCUGUUCGGCGAGAUCAGUCAGUCUCUAUUGGCCGAUCCUGCCAUGUUCGUUGCUCAGCCCGUAGCCGCAGACGACCGCGUUGAUCUACCGCUGGAAGAGUCCGGCGUGCACCCCGCAGGCGCGAUUGCUUCCCCAAGUCUGCUUGGGGCGGAGUCACUCAUGCGGGAUGUGCAUAUGCACUCACCUCAGAGUGCUGACUCACCGGUGGGAGACCCGAACGAGCCUGCGACGCCAAAGACACCGAGCAUGCCAAAUGGUUCCGUCACACGUACAAGCACUAAUCAUGUCGAGGACGAGACGCCCAAGCAACCACAGCUACCAGUAUUCAAUCGCCAGAUCGAGCUUCCCAUACCAGCCUCAUUAUUCUGGGACGCCCACGAUGAGAGCACUCACAACGCCGAUUAUGCCAGUAGGAUCAGCGGCUUCGACUACAGUGCCAAUAAAAGCUACGUCUUUCGUACGGACUUGUCCCACAAUUCUCUUCCGCAGACCAACAGCGGCUCUGCCACAGAGCACGACGCAGAUGAGCCUGAUGGUGAUACGGACGCGGAGGCUGAUGCUGGAACACAUCCCGAGCACAGCAUGAUGCCGCCACCGCCACGAUCCGGCCGCCUCGGACGACUAAUUCCAACCCCGAACUCAUUCUCACGCAUCACCUUGAUGCUUGACGAACGAGUCACUGAGUGGGGCCGCUUGCCAGCCAACACACAUGUGUAUGAGCCAUCGGACGACAACCGUGUGCCGAGGAGGGCGUUCAUGAUAACAUUCCAUCGCGAAGACAAGGAUGAAAUGCCCGCAAACACGGACUGGACUACACUGGACAAUCUCUACUGCGCAAUACAGGCAGACAGCAAGUGGGGUAUCCGCGUCAAUGGUGUCAAGCUGACAAAAGGCGAACCUGGAACCACAAAAUUUGGGCGUCUGUAUACGGGAGACGAAAUCACGGUCUAUCCGCCUGGCAAGAACGGCGAGCAGGGUCUUAGCUUCUUGUGCGAUUUUGCUGUCGGUCAAGGCAAGCAACAUAGACCUGUCAAUGUCGAGUCGAAGCAGCCGCGAUUCAAAAUCGAAACGGAUAGCGAAAUCGAUGCAUUGGGCUCGCAGUUGAAGCGCAGGGCUCGGUCGAAGAGCAAGGGAAAAGAGAAGGAGAAUGUUGGUGUCCAAGAUGAUCAAGUGGCAGUAAACUGA